UCGAUUUAUGGUGAAAUUUUAAUUAAAUCGAUGAUGUGCCUCAGGGACGAAAAAUAAAUUUUGUUUCAACGCGGCCGGUGCUUUCACCAUACGAAUCUGGGGCUGGUCGUUAAUUUUAUGCAGAGCGUGCGUCGAAAGAGGUAGCGAGGCGAGAACAAAGCGCAGGAUCUUGACAUUGGCUAGCCAAGCCUAUCUCCGCCGGCGUGUCCACCUGUUGGUACCGUGUCUUCGCGCCUCGGACAACAAAGAAAGAGAGAGAAAGAACCCGGCGAGUGGGGGUGGUGCGGUUCGUCUUCUCAUUAUUCAUUUUCCUCCUUAAUUUCACUUUUCGCAGCACCGACAGACACGAGAGCGGAGAGGGAAAGGUAUAAAACGGCUCGAAGGAUAUGUAACAUAUACCAAUAUCGUCCACUUUUCGUGCGCACAACACAUCAGAAAUGCUCGGGAAGGAGUUCAUGAUGCUGAUGUUGGUGGUAUUGGCCAAGACCGGCGCCACCGUCAGUACUGGCGCCGCCGAAGGGGACAAGAAGGAGGCGCGAGAUGGACUAUUCAUGGACGUCGUCGACCGGCCCAGCGGCACCAGCUCUGGUGCACCGACCUUCAGUUCUUUUGCCGAGGAUUUCUUGCAGUGCAACCCCACUUCAAACAAUAUAUUUUCCAGCUCGGAGGGACUUGGCCAGUGUCUGCGGCGACGGGCAGUGACGCACCUGUUGUCGGGCACCGCCUCGUCGAUCGGCGUGUCCGACUCGAUCAGUCUGGAGCCGGCGGCGAGUGACCUGGCGUCAGGGUCGCGCGCCCUGCCGCAGUUCCAGUACGCGGGCUCCGAGACGCCGUCGCUGACCGACGCGAUGCGCCACUUCCUCGGACAACGCAUCAUGCGCUGGCAGCUGGACAUGCUCUACCCAGGCCUCGUCAUGAGGGUCGGGCCCAUGGGCGUGCACGACUCUGGCAUGCUCGAGUUUGUCCUUGAAAGACUCUACGACGACACUGACCGAUCCCUCGGACCAGGUAAACUGCUGGUAAAGCGGACGGUGCUGCCGGCGCUACUCGGUUUUAAGCUGAAACUGUCGACGCUGAUGCCUAUCCUGUUGGCCGGCUUCUUCUUCAUGGCCUCCAAGGCCGUCUUUUUCAGCAAACUGGCCAUCAUGACGGGCGCGCUGAUCGGCCUCAAGUCGGUUCUUUUCGGCGGCAGCGGGCACCACCACUACGGGCCGUAUGGCCUGCACCCGGCCGGCCACUCGAACGGGGAAAGCUUCUGGGACUCGUUCUUCGGCGGCUUUCAGCAGCAGCAGCACCACAGCAACCCGUUCGGGCCGGUCAGCUUCAAGAGCGUUCGGGCCGCCCCUGCACCCGUCUACCAACCAAUGGCGUCUUUCCAGCAACCGGCGGCCUCAUUCCAUCAGCCGGAGAUUCUCGAUCCGGCCAACGACCACGUGCCUCGUGACCUGGACGCGGCAGGACAGCAGCAGCGCACGGUCAAGGACGUCAAGCCCCUGGUCGUGGUGCCUCAGCGCAAGGACAAGAGAAACUUUGCCUGGGACACCGACGAGCUGAUGCAGAAGACGCAGCAGCACUGACCGCUCGUAGUAAAAAUGAAAAGUAUAUGCUUUUUUUCGUUCGAUUUAGAGGUUUUGGAAUCGCCUCUGCUUACUUGCAUGAUUUCAGUUUGCUAGUCAGAGAUUGAAACGUUCCAGUUAUGUACUGUAUUUGCGUUUUUAAUAAAAAAAUAAUCUAAA